AUGUCGAGAGAUGCAUUACAAUUUUCUGAAUCCGACAGGGGGUUCCUAGAGCCUCAUCUGCCUCGGGAGGGCUCCACUUCCGACAAUGAUCUACCCUUCACAACACUCACCUUUGCGACGUCGCUUGACUCGUCUCUGGCAUUAUCCCCGGGCGCGCGCACAGUACUGUCAGGGCCUCAGUCCAAGGCAAUGACACACUACUUACGCUCUCGACACGACGGGAUUCUUAUUGGAGUCGGCACGGCAGUUGCUGACGAUCCUGGAUUAAACUGCCGCAUCGCAGGAGUGGGAGGGUACGGCCAAGAUGGCCUGAGUGGCCAGCCCAGACCAGUUGUGAUUGACCCAACAGCUCGAUGGGAAUUUUCAGAAGACAGUAAGCUGUUUCAAUUAUGCAGAGAGGGACGUGGUCUUGCGCCCUGGGUCAUUACUGCCGUUGAAAAGCCCAGUCCUCAAAAACAAGCUCUGCUUGACAAAUACGGCGGGCGCUUCUUGUCAGCAAAAAUGUUGAGAACACAUACUGGUGGGCACCAAGUUGAUUGGCGCGAUCUAUUUACCACCCUGAAGUCAAAUGGCCUCAAAAGCAUCAUGGUAGAGGGUGGCGGUCAAGUCAUCAGCUCCCUCUUGAGUCCAGCAUACAUGUCCCUACUUGAUAGUGUGAUCGUGACAAUUGCACCGACAUGGCUUGGUCAAGGUGGUGUUGUUGUCUCUCCCGCGCGGCGAUUCGAUGAGGGGGGCAACGCAAUGUCUGCGGCAAGGCUGAAAAACGUCAAAUGGUAUCCAUUUGGAGAAGACGUUGUCUUGUGUGGGCAGGUUAUAGUUUCAGAUUAG